AUGGCAGGGAGGAAUGAUGCUGCUCUUGCUGCUGCUAUGCAAGCUAUGACGCAGACAUUUCGGAGCAACAAGCCGCCUACGUAUGAGGGAGGUAUCCUAGAUCCUGAGGCUCCACAAAAAUGGAUGAAAGCUAUUGAAAAGAUCUUCAGGACCAUGGGGUGCAGUGAUGCUCAGAAGGUAGCUUUUGGUACUCAUAUGCUGGAAGGAGAGGUUGAAGCCUGGUGGGACAACAGUCGUCAGAGGCUGGAAACUGCAGAAGACAUUCACAGUGCAAAGGAGGUCGAAUUUUUGGAGCUGAAACAGGGUAGCCUGACUGUUGCUGAGUAUGCUGCACGAUUUGAAGAGUUAGUACAGUAUUGGGCCCAUUACAAUACUGAAGAGGCUAUGACUUCAAAGUGCUUGAAGUUUGAGAAUGGGUUGCGUCCCGAGAUCAAACAGGGUAUCGCUUGUCAGAAGAUAAGAAAUUAUCCAGAAUUGUUGAGCAGAAGCAAAAUCUAUGACAAUGAUAACAGGGCUAGGAUUUCUCACUACAAAGCUGCGAAUGAGCGAAAGGGUAAGCAUAGGUUUGGAGGUACACCGUAUAGUGCUCCAGCUGACAAGGGAAAACAGAAAGCUUCUAAAAGUAAUAAGCCAAGUGGGGGAUGGGCAAUUCCCAAUCCUACGAAGUGCUUCAGAUGUGGGGGUACGGGUCACCGUGCUAAUGAUUGUACAGUUGAAGCGAAGAAAUGCUUUAAGUGCGGAAGACCAGGACAUGUUAUAGCUGAUUGCAGGUCCACUAUGCCUACCUGUUAUAACUGUGGAGAAAAGGGUCAUAUCAGCACUCACUGUGAGAAGCCGAAGAAGUCACAGGCUGGUGGGAAGGUGUUUGCAUUGGUGGUAACCCAAUCCACCAGUGGUGAUCGUUCGAUCAAAGGUACUUGUUUUAUUAAUGGUGUUCUGCUGAUUGCUAUUAUUGAUACGGGUGCAACCCACUCGUUUAUUUCUGUGGAUUGUGUGACGAGGUUAGGAAUAAUUCCAUAUACUUUGGAUCGGAGGAUGACAAUUGAAACUCCGUCUAUUGGUUCUGUAGUUACUUCUUUAGUCUGUUUGAAUUGUCCCUUGACUAUCUUUAAUAGGGAUUUCGGAGUGGAUCUGAUUUGUUUACCACUCAGUAAUUUGUACGUUAUCUUGGGGAUGGACUGGUUGGAGUCCAAUCGGGUGUACAUUGACUGCUUUAGGAAGAGGCUGUUAUUCCUUACUCCUGAAGAGGAAGCAUUGGCUAAUUCCUUAUCUACCAAGGAGACGAAGAUCUUGCUGGAGAGUGAAGCUAAGAUGUUUGCUAUGUUCACUUCACUAUCGGCUGGGAGCAAAGUAGCAAUUGAAGAGAUACCAGUGGUGAAUGAAUUUCUUGAAGUGUUUCCUGAUGAUAUUACUGAGUUACCUCCGAAGAGGGAAGUCGAAUUUAAUAUUGAUCUUGUUCCUGGUACUCGACCUAUUUAUAUGGUGCCGUACUGGAUGUCGGUAUCAGAGUUGGCAGAGUUGAAGGCUCAAAUAGGUGAGCUGAUGGAUAAGAAAUUUAUUAGGCCGAGCGUGUCGCCGUGGGGAGCUCCAGUGUUAUUGGUGAAGAAGGAGGAUGGUAGUAUGCGUCUGUGUAUUGAUUACCGUCAAUUGAAUAAAGUGACCAUUAAGAAUAAGUAUCCGCUUUCUAGGAUUGAUGACUUAAUGGAUCAGCUUGUCGGUGCCCGUGUGUUCUGUAAAAUUGAUUUGAGGUCGGGUUACCAUCAGAUUAGAGUGAAGGAAGGGGAUAUCCAGAAAACCGCCUUUAGGACUCGUUACGGACAUUACGAAUAUGCAGUGAUGCCUUUCGGAGUGUCUAAUGCGCCAGGUGUGUUUAUGGAGUACAUGAACCGCAUUUUCCAUUCUUACAUGGAUAAGUUUAUUGUGGUAUUCAUCGAUGACAUAUUGAUUUAUUCUAAGUCAGAAGAGGAUCAUACGGAACACUUGCGAAUCGCGUUGCAGGUGUUGAAGGAUAAUAAAUUGUUUGCAAAGUUCUCGAAGUGUGAAUUUUGGAUGGAAACCGUGAGUUUCCUAGGACAUGUUAUUUCGGGUGAUGGUAUAGCAGUGGAUCCAUCUAAGAUAAGUGCAGUACUUCAGUGGGAACCUACAAAGACAGUAACGGAGAUUAGAAGCUUUUUGGGUUUGGCAGGUUACUACCGAAGAUUUAUUGAAGGGUUUUCUAAUUUGGCAUUAUCGUUGACUCAGCUGACUAGGAAGGAUCAAUCUUUUGUUUGGGAUGCAGUGUGUGAAGAAAGCUUCGAGGAGUUGAAAAGGAAAUUGACUUCAGCCCCAGUGUUAGUGUUGCCAAAUCCGAGGGAACCGUUUGUGGUAUACUGUGAUGCGUCUAAAAUGGGCUUAGGCGGGGUGUUAAUGCAAGAAUGA